GCCGACGAAAAAGCCAUGCCACUCCCCUUUAUGGGUGCCUGCUCUGCUCGGGUUGUGUCAGGGAGCCCAGCAGGGUACAGUUUCGAAAAUUGGCUAUAAUGAAAAAUGCAAUCCAUCUGCCAUAAACUGAUCGGACUCAUUGAUUCCAGUGUGUGAUCGGCGGAUGCUCGGAUGUCGGAUCGUUGCUCGAUUGGACAGCAGACAGACAAACAGACAGACAGACAGACAUCCUCUGUGAGAAGGUGAAGCCUUUAGAAUAACACCGUCCGCCGCUAUGAGACGGAUCACCGGGAAGGCGAAGGAUGAAACUUUGAUCGAGCUGCAGAACGCCUCAGACUCACAGGUCACAGAUGGUCCUGCUGUGUUGACCGCGUUCAAGAUUAACCUGCACUCAGAUGAAAGCAGUGGAAAUGGUCUGAAAGAAGCUCCACUCCCUGGACACACAGAAACAGACAAGCUACAUUCCAACAAAGACACCGUGUUCUUCAGGGACGGCGUACGCAGAAUAGACUUUGUUCUGUCUUACGUCGAAGAUAAAGAUGGAGAAAAGAAGCAGGAAAGGAGGAGAGAGUUUGAGGCCAACCUUGAGAAAGCAGGACUGGAGCUGGAGACGGAGGACAAAUCAGACUCCAAAGACCAAAAGACAUAUUUCUUAAAGAUCCAUGCUCCGUGGGAUGUGCUGGCCACCUUCGCUGACGUCUUAAAGAUUAAGGUGCCCUUCAAGGAGAGCGAUAUUCCUCAUGGUCAGGACGUCCCGCUGGAGUGGCUCUCGCACCCUUUCCGACUGCCGGAUCACAUCAUGCAUCCACAGCCGGACUACUUCACCUACCCAUUCGACAAGACCAAGACUGACUUCUUCCUUAUCAAUGACAAAGACACCUUCUUCCCGCCAUCCACAAGAAACAGAAUUGUGUUCUACAUCCUGGCUCGCUGUCCGUACUACAAAGAGGGUCGGAAAGACAAAGGCAAGACGGGCAUCAAGCGAUUACUCAGCAAUGGCACCUACACAGCAGCCUUCCCACUUCAUGAUAGCCAUAAACUGUUUCCACUUGGAGGAAAAUGUGAUGAAACUGUUCUAAAAAUGUUCACAUGUCGAUACUGGAAAAAGGCAAGAAACGCUGAGUGUGAGAGUGAACGCUACAACUUGUACAAACACUGGGCCAGAUUCCUCUGCUUUUACAAAGAGCAGCCUCUGAACCUGAUCAGGAAGUACUAUGGGGAGAAGAUUGGGAUCUAUUUUGCCUGGCUGGGCUUCUACACAGAGAUGCUGUUCUUUGCAGCCGUCAUGGGCCUUAUAUGUUUCACCUACGGAGUGCUCAGUUAUGAUGACAACAUAUCAAGCAAAGAAAUAUGUAAUCCUGAAAUUGGGGGAAGUAUUGUGAUGUGUCCUCUUUGUGAUAAAAAGUGCCCUUUCUGGAAGCUCAACUCCACCUGCCUGUCAUCCUGGCAAUCCCAUCUGUUUGAUAAUGAGGGAACGGUAUUCUUUGCCAUAUUUAUGGGGAUUUGGGUAACUCUGUUUCUGGAGUUCUGGAAGCGGCGUCAGGCCCGCCUCGAGUACGAGUGGGACUUGGUGGACUUUGAGGAGGAGCAGCAGCAACUUCAAAUACGACCAGAGUUUGAGAUCAGAUGCACCAACAGGAGACUCAACAGGAUCACACAGGAAAUGGAGCCAUACCUCCCCGUCACCAGCAAGUGCGCUCGCUUCUCUCUCUCUGCAGCAGCUGUCAUAUUCUGGAUUUCUCUGAUCGUGGCCUGUAUUAUCGGGGUCAUAGCAUACAGGUUGGCUGUUUAUGCAGCCUUUGCAAGCAUCAUCAAAGACCCUAUGAGGAAGAUCCAGCUGGUGGGCAGAUUCAUCACACCACAGUUAGCGACCUCUGUCACUGCCUCCUGCAUCAACUUUGUCAUCAUCAUGAUCCUGAACUUUUUUUAUGAGCGAGUGGCCGUCUGGAUCACUGAUUUGGAAAUCCCCAAAACCCACCUGGAAUAUGAGAACAGGCUGACCAUGAAGAUGUUUCUGUUUCAAUUUGUCAACUACUACUCAUCGUGCUUCUACGUGGCCUUCUUCAAGGGUAAAUUUGUGGGUUACCCUGGUGAAUAUUCAUACAUGUUUGGCAAGUGGAGCAAUCUGAGAAAUGAGGAGUGUGACCCUGGAGGCUGUCUGAUAGAGCUGACCACGCAGCUGGUGAUCGUCAUGACGGGGAAGCAGCUAUGUGGGAACAUUCAGGAAGCCCUGCUGCCGUUGAUCCGGAACUGGUGGAGUGGCAGACGAGGACGUCACAAUCCUGAGAACCAUUACAGCCGCUGGGAGCAGGAUCACGUUCUGCAGAACUUCAGCCAGCUGGGCUUGUUCUAUGAAUACCUGGAGAUGGUGGUCCAGUUUGGCUUCAUCACUCUGUUCGUGGCCUCCUUCCCCCUGGCUCCCCUCCUGGCCCUGUUCAACAACAUCCUGGAAAUCAGAGUGGACGCCUGGAAGUUCACCACCCAGUUCAAACGGCCGAUGGCUUCCAAGGCCCGAAACAUCGGAGCGUGGCAGGAGAUCCUCAACGCUGUGGCCAUUUUGUCCGUUGUUACCAAUGCUUUCAUCAUGGCAUUCACCUCAGACAUGAUCCCCCGCAUGGUGUACCUGUACGCUUACAGUAAAGAGUCCAGCAUGAGAGGCUACGUCAACAACAGCCUGUCGAUAUACAACAUCUCACAGAUUCCAGAGCGCAACAUGCCAGAGGACAACUGGUUUGAUAACGCCACCAGCACCUGCAGAUACCGAGACUACCGUUACCCUCCGGGCCACCAGAGGGAGUACACUCACACCAUGCAGUUCUGGCACAUCCUGGCAGCCAAAAUGGCCUUUAUUAUUAUCAUGGAACAUGUGGUGUUUGUGGUGAAGUUCUUCGUGGCCUGGAUGAUCCCGGACGUCCCCUCAGACGUGAAAGCUCGGAUCAAACGAGAACGCUACCUGAUUCAAGAGUACCUGCACAACUACGAGGUGGAGCAACUCAAACUCCAGCUGAGCGCCAGUUUCAUCACAGAGCCGCAGUCAGAAAUGACCUUAACGCCGGACAAGCAUGAAGCGUUGUCUGAGUGCCUGUAGCCCCCAGCAUCACCACCCCAACUAACCAAAUCAAAAGUGGACUUUACUGGGAGUUUCCUUUUCAGUGACAACACCCAUGCAAGGGCUUGUGUCUUUGAGAUUUAAAAAACGCUAUUUCUUUGUUUUUGACAGGACAUUAACACUUGCCACGAUGUACUCCUAUAUUAGGACCUGUGUAGAGGCAUCCAAAAAUAAAAAUCUUUUGUUGUUUUGCUUAAAACCUGCUUCCCUUGUGGAUGAAACAUCUCAGUGCCAUAAAAAACAAAGAGCUGAAGGAAUGCGAAUGCAACUUGUAACCUUCUCCAUUUAACGUCUUCAAACUCUCCAUUUGUCGGGAAAGAAAUAACCCUUGUAUUUACAGAUAGAGUUAGAGUUUGUGAACAUGUGAGGUGUAUUUACCCUUUAAAGAGCUCAUUUUGAUGCCAUUAACUUCAUUCUCUGCAUGUUAUUCAUCCUGUGAGAAUAGAAGAUGAAGGACUGGGUUAUGUAGGGAAGAAUAUAAUGUGUCAGUUGUGAGAAAAUAAAACAGUGGCUGGAAAUUCAUAUUUAACUAUGAAUGUAGAAACACUCAGACUUACAUGUGUUUAAAUAUAAAAGAGACUAAACACAAAAAGUAAUAGGCAGUGCUUAUUCCUUAGAUGGCUUCACUAUGGUUUCUUUUUAAACCUUUUAUUAAAAAUUGGUAGCUACUUAUUGUCUUUCCACUGAUCUAUAGCUGGACUAUUAGAUUGUCAGCUUUUGAGCGCGUUCUAUUUAGGGAAAAGUUCUUUUUAAAAAACUGUGCAUUUGAAAACCAAGUACCUCCGUCAUACUGCAGCGAUACUGUAACAAUCAGAAGAAUGCUGUUGUUCAUUUCAGCCUGAGUUUCAGUAACACAGUGAGACAGUAGCUGCAGGCUCGUGUCUCAUCUUCCACAUGUGUUGCCAACUUGCUGCGGGACCAAUUAUAAGAUUUCUACCAAAAAGAAAAAGUGAAGAAAUGUUGGCAGAUCAGGACAGAUCUUUUGUUUAAUACAAUCUAGUUUGAGUGGAUGAUGCUUUACUUUACUGCUCCUUGUGUACGUAAAAAAACGGCCUGCGGUGCAUUUGUGUUUUUGGAUUUCAGAUUAUUGCUGUCUCCAUGUUUUUUGGAGAUAAACAGAGAACAGGAAGGAGAACUUCUUUGGCGCAUGCGAGUGAGGGUUUCAGUGGACAGAAAUGACUUUUACUAACCAGUUCAUACUAACUAGAUGGUCACCAAGUGUUGCUGUAGAUAUUAAGAAUUUUAAAUAUAUUUAAAUGGGUUUUGGUGCAAUUAAUUUAUGGAUUUGUUUCUGUUCUGUAGCCUCAAGUGUUUAGAGUUACUGCAUAAUCCUUGUUUGAGAUCUUUAUCGGUUUACUUGUAAGCUCUGAUUUGUUACAUUUGUACUCUUCAUCGCCUCAUAAAUUGCCAUUGAGCAGUGUUAGCUCAGACAUUUGAUCAUGCAAGUUAUUACUUUGUGAAGGGACCAGACGUGGAAAAAAACUCUUGAUAUUCAAAACUUCAGAUACUUUACAUCUUUUUCUGCUUAUGCUUUACAUUCACUUAUAUUUCUGUGCUUUUAUUGGAACAUCUUUGCGAUAUACAAUGUCAAUGAUGCAGUCUUUAUCAGCUGGACAUCAUUUGACGGUGAAAAGCGAAGCCUGACUCACUCUAAUCUCAGGACUGAACAUCUAACGUUGGUCGAGCACCACUUGUUGCAGAUGUGUGCAGGGGGUUCCAACAUGAUCCCACAAAGGUGCACCACGUAUUUCCCAACAAACAAAUGCCUUAAACAUCUUUGUUUACUUGUUUUUUGUACGGAUUUGUAUCGACAAAGUUUCCUAUCUGAAUUCUGAACCUGUUUCAUAUCAUUUGUUGCUGCUGCUAUGUCGUUUGCAACGUAGCUGUUUUCUGCAUGAAUCAAUGUUAUGAGAAUAUUUUGCCAGUUAUGUUUUAAAUUCACUGUAGCCUAUUGGACAGGAACUUAGUGAAGCUGUUAAUAUUCACAAUAAAGAAAGAAAAAGCUACUUGA